CCCACCCUUAAACAAAUUGCAUCUUUCUGACUCAUACCAGAGAUCCUUUAAUAGCAAGAGAAUUUUAGCUUUGUUUUCUCACAGAAUAACAGCUUUUUCUACACCACUUGAAGUCCUUUUAUGUAUAUUAUUUCUUUAACUUAUAUAUUUUUAGUCCUUGAAUGUAAGCUUCAAAAACCAGAAACUGUUUUCUCUUUUGGCAGUGUAACAACAACAACAACAACACAUCAUAUUAGUAACCCUUCAUUUUUGGAAAAACAAAGAUCUCAUCUUUGGCUUUUUCUGAUCAAACCUCACUAGAAAAACACACAUAUUACCUUCCCAAAGCACUUAUUUCAAGUGGGGUUUGCAAUCUUUGUCUAGUGGAAGGAGAACAAGACCUCCCUUUUGUUUGCUUUCUUGGAGAAGAAAACCAGUUUCUUUUUGGGAUCUUUCUGUGCAAAUGGCUACAACACUAAGAGAUUCAACUGUUACUAAUGUCAUCAAGAAUCUGUGUCUCUCUUAUGGAUGGUCUUAUGGUGUUUUCUGGAGCUUUGACCAGUCAAAUUCCAUAAUGUUGGCUAUGCAAGAUGCUUACUUUGAAGACCAGAUCAAAGGUGUUAUUGAUGAUUUGCUUUUACAUUCACCCAUGUUUGGAGGAGGGUUAAUUGGACAGGCUGCUUUAACUAAAAAGCACCUAUGGAUAUCCUCAAAAGAUAAUUACAUAGGACAAAGUUCUUCAGGUUCAAUCUGGGAUAUGUUUCAGGAUGAUUCGAAACUUUUUCGGCAAUUUUCUUCCGGUAUAGAGACAAUUGCAGCAAUCCCUGUGGAACCACAAGGAGUGGUACAAUUUGGGUCCACUAAUAAGAUUAUGGAGAAUGAAGAGUUUAUAAAUCAUACAAAAAGAAUAUUUAAUGAACUUGUUAAUGGUAAUGUACCAACAAGUUCAUGCUCUUCACCGGAUAGAUUGUUCGCCUCCUUGAUAUCAUCCGAAGAUAACUAUUCGAUCAACCAAACGUCUUUCGACUUUCCACAACAAUCAUUUUCGACGGCUUCACACUCGCAAUUACAAUCCAUGUUUCUUGAUCAUAAUCAGUCUACUAGUUUGACUUCCUUCAAGGAACCGCUUCAUGAUAUGUUUAACAUACCGAUGGACUUUGGAUCCAUGGAUGAAUUUUUCCAAACAGGCGAUUUCAAUGUCACAGUUAAUGAUCACUUGUUAUCGCAAGCCACAGGGUUUCUUCCCAUCAGUUACGAUGAACAAGUCGAUCCUUUGACUAUUUCUGGUACCGACGUUGGCAUGUUUGGAAAUACAGGAGAUUUAGGAGACAUUAUCACACCUGUUAUAAAUGGAAAUCAAUUAGGUUACAACUCAUAUAACUCAGGGUCUAUAUCGGUCCCAAAGUCAGCUCAAAGUAUCGGUAAUGACACGACUACCCCUCCUCCAAAGAACGGUUUGUUCUCCAAUCUUGGGAUUAAGGAGCUUUUCGAGGGUGUUUCUGGUACUUCAACAUCUUGCGUUGAGGAUCAAGUGUCGUCGUGUUCGAAAAGAAGGAAAACUGGGAAUCCCAUAUGGGAAAUGGGUCCGUUACAGCCCGGUGUGUAUAACAAGAGUUUUGGGCAGAAAAGGGAGCCCAUUCUUAAGUCAGAGCCAUGGUUGGGUGAUGGUUAUAGCAAUGAUGAUUCAAGCACAAUAUUGCAAGCGAAGAAGCAAGUCGAACCUACAAAGCCUACGAAGAAAAAGGCUAAACCAGGGACUCGACCGAGGCCCAAAGACCGGCAGAUGAUCUUGGACCGAAUGGCUGAGUUACGAGAACUCAUCCCCAAUGGUGAAAAGAUGAGCAUAGACUGUUUGUUGGAUCGAACGAUCAAACACAUGCUUUUCUUGCAAAGUGUAACAAAACAUGCUGACAGAAUCAAACAAGUUGAUGAACCAAAGGGUGUCACGCAGAAUGAUUAUCCGAAUGAUCCAAGCAACAACGGUGUGACAUGGGCAUGUGAAGUGGGAAAUCAAUCGAUGAUGUGUCCCUUGAUAGUUGAGGACCUUAGUACCCCGGGACAAAUGCUAAUAGAGAUGAUCUGUGAAGAACAUGGGUUUUUUCUUGAAAUAGUGGAUAUAAUCCGGGGAUUCGGUUUGACCAUUUUGAAGGGUGUCAUGGAAGCUCGCGAGGAAAAGAUAUGGGCUCGUUUCGUAGUUGAAGCCGAGGCGAAAAGGCAUGUGACAAGGCAUGAGAUAUUUGCAGCACUUGUUCAACUUCUACAAACAUUGGGAUCUAACGACAAUCGUCUUGAUAAAAAGAUUAUGCAAACCGGGAACUCCCUACUCAACGAUUUCCAUCACAACGAGAUGCAACUUCCCGUAAGUUUGGCGGACACAAGGUAUCUCGUGGACUUAUAACCUUGUUUUUAAGGAUACCAUGAGCAUUGACUACCAUGAUUGGUAUUCUGGGAAGAACGCCAAACGAGUAGCGGUUUUGGCAAGAGUUAGAAAAUGAAGCUGUGGAUGUGGGUUGAAUUUGCCUAGUGCAAGGAGGGUUAGUUAUGAUUUAGGUUCAUAUUAGUGGCUUUGUCUUUUUUUUUUUUUUUUUUUUUUUUUUUUUUUUUUUUGUUGGGUUGUUGCCCAUUGUUUUUUAGUUUCGAUUUGUUAGUGUCUUUUUCGUUGGCAUCUUUCCGACAGUUUUCAGCGUAUAAAUGUUCAUAGUCUGAAACUAACAAGAAAGAACCAAUAUGAUUUGUAGACCUUGUGAUUAUAUAUGAGCUUUGGUUGCUUUUUAAA